AUGCCUUCUUUGCCGAAUUUGAGCUCAGGCAGUUCAGGUGUUCCCGAAAAUUAUGAUUUCGAAUGGGGCCCUGAACCCAAUAGAGGUAUCCCAAUAAGAUGCUCCUGUGGGGGUCAUUUGUUCCUUCAGUCAUCGAACACGGAUCUGAACUACGGCCGUCGCUUUUACAACUGUAACACUCCGCCGGGUGGCGGCUGCGGUUUUUGCAAAUGGUGGGAUAUUGCAAUUACGGAGGAGAUGAGCGAAUUGAAAGAUGAACUGGAAGAACAUGAAGAAAGAAUCAGAUAUAUUUCCAACUACGAAUACAAUCUCCCUGUUGAUUUUCUGGCAAUGGGGAACCCCAACGAUGAAUCAUACUCCCAAAUACCUCUUUUCAUCUCCUACUUGAAAGCUGCUAACCCCACCACUAUCACUGAGCUUGAAACUCAUACCGACGAAAAUGGUUCUCAGCACUUCAAGCGCCUCUUUAUAUCUCAUGGUGCAUCCCAGGAAGGUUUUCAUUUCCUUCGAAAACUGAUGGUGGUCUCGGGUGCACAUAUCAGACGUUCGGAUUCUGGCUUUCUCAUUGUUGCCAUCGGUCAAUAUGCCAACUUCCAGACCUACCCCCUAGCCUUUGCUGUAGUUGACCAUCAGACCGAGGAGGCAUGGAGGUGGUUUCUUCACCAGCUCGAACAGUGUUUUCCAGACAAUAACAAGACAACCAUUUUAUCUGAUGGCGGUGGAAUGGCUGAAAGAGCUAUCUCAGCAUGCUUUCCUGAAGCCAGUCACGUUGACUGCCUACGUCGUCUUCAACUAUCAUUGAACCUGUACUUCCACGACAAUGGAAUUACCAACUUGGUGCGGGAGGCAGCUUGUGCUCACACGAUUGGCGUUUUCCGGCGGGCAUUCAACCGGGUUAAUGAAACCAACCCUGACUGCGCUACCUAUCUACAAUCUAUUGGCUUCCCUCGUUGGACGAGUUAUUAUCAAGCCGGCGACCGAUACAACAUCAUGACUGCCAGCAUUGCUCAUGGAUUCAUCCAUUUACUGCUCCCACAAACAACAGGCCCUAUUAUUAACCUCCUCAACUUUUACCACACAACUGUUAUGCGCUGGCUCCAAACAAGACUCCGAGCAUCAAUGGAUCACCCAGGCGUGAUGUCUCCAGGUGUUCAAGGUUUCAUGGAUAAAUUAGCUGUCAGUAAGUCGCAAUGGCAGGUUCUGCAUAUUAGCUAUGGAGCUUGUGAGGUUGUAAAUUCAGUUGGCAAAAUUCACUUUGUCAAUCCUCUAAGGAGGUCAUGUUCUUGCAAAGUUUUUAACAAACUCUGGAUACCCUGUAUCCACGCUCUGGUCGCAUCCGAUGCAUUACGCAUUUCAGCUGAGUCCUUAGUUCACACAUGCUAUACUUCUGUUGCCUGGUUUGAAACGUACAUUCCUCAACUUUACCCUUGCCAGGAGCCUCUUCCAGCUGAAGCCACCGCCGACGGGGCAACUGAACUGCUACCACCGAUUUCGAGCCCUUUGGUAGGGCGUCCCAGGCCUAAGACCCGCAUGUCCCAGUAA